AUGGGUCAGGAAGAGAAGCGCCCCACCGAGGGCCAUGUGAGCGGCCAGGCCAACGAGCCCAUGUCGGCGCCGGCCCACUGCCUCAGCGUGAACGAGGUGGCCACGCAGCUGGGCGCCAACAUCGACUCGGGUCUGAGUGACGAUGACGGCAAGUCGCGUCUCGACAAGUACGGCGCCAACGACCUCGGUGACGCCAAGGGCGUGUCGCCCGUCCGCAUCUUCGUCGCCCAGGUGGCCAAUGCCAUGACACUAGUCCUGAUCAUGGCCAUGGCCGUCAGUUUCGGUAUCGGUUCAUACAUUGAAGGUGGUGUCAUCACCGGCGUCAUUGCACUCAACGUCAUUGUCGGAUUCUUCCAAGAGUACUCGGCCGAGAAGACCAUGGACUCGCUGCGCUCGCUGAGCUCGCCGACAGCCCGUGUUGUCCGCGGUGGCGACGUCAAGACUAUUCCCUCGGGCGAUAUUGUCCCAGGUGAUCUCAUUGAGCUGAAGACUGGUGACACCAUCCCCGCAGAUAUUCGUGUCUUUGAGGCCGUGAACUUUGAAACAGACGAAGCCCUCUUGACCGGAGAGUCUCUGCCCGUCCGCAAGAAGGAGAACGAGACGUUUGAGGAGAAGACUGGACCCGGUGACCGCCUUAACGUGGCCUACAGUUCCUCCACUGUCACCAAGGGCCGUGCCAAGGGUAUCGUCUUCGCUACCGGUGUCUACACUGAGAUUGGUGCUAUCGCCGCCGAGCUUCGCAAGAAGGACUCGAAGCGCCGCCCCGUCAAGCGCAAGCCCGAUGGCUCAGCCAAGCCCCAUCGUUACGCCCAGGCUUGGACACUCACUGCCACCGAUGCCGUUGGCCGCUUCCUCGGUGUCAAUGUCGGAACCCCGCUCCAGAGGAAGCUGUCAAAGCUGGCCAUCCUGCUGUUUGGUAUUGCUGUCGUUUGUGCCAUCAUCGUGCUCGGUGCCAAUGAGUUCAGCGACCAACAGGAGGUUAUCAUCUACGCCGUCGCCACCGGUCUCUCCAUGAUUCCCGCCAGUUUGGUCGUCGUGCUCACCAUCACCAUGGCCGCCGGAACAAAGCGCAUGGUCAAGAGGAACGUCAUCGUCCGCAACCUCAAGUCCCUCGAGGCUCUGGGUGCCGUCACCGAUAUCUGCUCUGACAAGACCGGUACCCUGACGCAGGGCAAGAUGGUCGCCCGUAACGCCUGGCUGCCCGGCUUCGGCACCUUCACCAUUGAGAACUCAUCCUCGCCCUUCGAUCCUACUGCUGGAGACAUCCGCCACCACACCGAUUCCCCCCACCAAAUCGAUUUCAAGACAGGCGGCGACUCAUGCGGUACCCUCGCCGAGCCCGCUGCUCACGUCGAGAAGGGCGCCGAGGCGCUUGCGUCCUUCCUUGACACCGCCUCCCUCGCCAACCUUGCGACCGUCCAGAAGAAGAAGACGGACGAGUGGGAGGCACGCGGCGACCCCACCGAGAUUGCCAUCCAGGUCUUCUCGUCUCGCUUUGGCGCCAAUCGUGUGGACCGCACCCACGGCGAGAAGCCUCAGUGGGCCGACGUCGCCGAGCUGCCCUUUGACUCGGAUGUCAAGCGCAUGUCUGUCGUCAUGAGGAACACGGGCACCGGCAAGAUGACGGCCUAUACCAAGGGUGCCGUCGAGCGUGUCAUCCAGAUCUGCACCACCUACUCCGGCGGCGAGAUGACUGACGAGUUCCGCCAGGAGAUCCUGCGCAACAUGGAGGUCUUUGCCAGCCUGGGUCUUCGCGUCCUCGCCCUGGCCAGCAAGCCCUACGAGCACGAAAUCAAGGAGGGCGAGGAGAUUGAGAGGGCUACCGUCGAGGGUGACCUCAUGUUCCACGGCCUCGUCGGUCUCUACGAUCCCCCUCGCGCUGAGUCUGCCCCCGCCGUCCGAAGCUGCCACGAGGCUGGUAUCUCCGUACACAUGUUGACUGGUGACCACCCCGAGACCGCCAAAGCCAUCGCCAUCGAGGUCGGCAUCCUGCCCUCCCGCAUGGGCGACGUCGCUAAGGAUGUCGCUGCCGCCAUGGUCAUGACCGCCACCAGCUUCGACGCCCUGACCGACGACCAGGUCGAUGAGCUCCCCGUCCUUCCCCUCGUUAUUGCUCGCUGUGCGCCCUCGACCAAGGUCCGCAUGAUUGAGGCCCUCCACCGCAGGAAGCGUUUCUGCGCCAUGACGGGUGAUGGUGUCAACGACUCGCCCUCUCUGCGCCGUGCUGAUGUCGGUAUUGCCAUGGGCCAGGCCGGCUCUGAUGUCGCCAAGGACGCCUCUGACAUUGUUCUCACGGACGAUAACUUCGCCUCGAUCGUCUCCGCCAUCGAAGAGGGCCGACGUAUCUUUGAUAACAUCCAAAAAUUCAUUCUCCACGUGCUGUCCGAGAACGUCGCUCAGGCACUCACGCUGCUCGUUGGUCUGGCCUUCAAGGAUAACACUGGGGUGUCCGUGUUUCCCCUGGCACCCGUGCAGAUCAUCUGGAUCAUCAUGGCCACCAGUGGUCUGCCCGACAUGGGUCUUGGAUUCGAGCAAGCCGUCUCCGGCAUCAUGCACCGCCCCCCUCACUCGCUCAAGGCUGGUGUCUUCACAAAGGAAUUCCUAGUCGACAUGCUCGUCUACGGUGUUUGGAUCGCCGCGCUCUGCUUGGGCGCCUUCAGCUUAGUCGUCUUCGGCUUCAGCAGCGGCAGCAACAUCGGCCCCACUGGCGAAAAUCUCGGCCCUCUCGGACUGGACUGCAACAAUAACGCUUCAGAGUACUGUGACACUGUCUUCCGCGCCCGCGCCACCACUUUCGCCUGCCUGACCUGGUUCGCCCUCUUCCUCGCCUGGGAGAUGAUUGACAUGCGCCGGUCCUUCUUCCGCAUGCAGCCCGGCUCCAAGAAGUACUUUACCCAGUGGAUGCACGAUAUCUGGCGCAACCAGUUCCUCUUCUGGGCCAUUAUCGCCGGUAUCGUCACUAUGUUCCCCAUCAUUUAUAUCCCCGUGCUCAACGAGGAGGUCUUCAAGCACAUGCCCAUCACUUGGGAGUGGGCCAUUGUCUUUAUCGCCGCUGCCCUCUUUUUUAUGGGUGUCGAGCUCUGGAAGUGGGGCAAGCGUAUCUUCUUCCGUAAACGUGCUAAGAAGGCCACGGGCACCGCGUUCAAGGACAUGGAUAUCGAGGAGAGAGUGUUUGGCGAGUUCCUCGGCGGCUCGAGCGGCAGCACCGAGAAAGAGAAAUAG